AUGGAAGGUAUCCAGACACAUCCGUCCAACGCCGCGCAGGCGAAGGCCUUUACCGCGCCCGGCUCUCUGUCCUUUCCCGGAGCUACCAAUGAGUUGACGCCACCAUCAAGCAAUGGUGAUGCGAUGCAACGGCCGGGAGCCAACGGCCAACAGGCAGCCAACGGAAAUGGGGUGACUCCCGCGACUCCUGCUGCGACGCCUUCUGCCACGCAAGGGCCCAGUGGCAUUACUCCUACUUUGCAGAACAUCGUGGCCACGGUCAAUCUUGAUUGCCGUCUGGACCUCAAGACGAUUGCCCUGCAUGCUCGAAACGCGGAAUAUAAUCCAAAGCGUUUCGCUGCUGUCAUCAUGCGUAUUCGUGAGCCCAAGACCACGGCUCUAAUCUUCGCAAGCGGUAAAAUGGUCGUUACUGGUGCCAAAUCGGAGGACGAUUCCAAGCUUGCUUCAAGAAAGUAUGCUCGUAUCAUCCAGAAGCUUGGCUUCAAUGCCAAAUUCACCGAUUUCAAAAUUCAGAACAUUGUCGGCUCCUGCGACAUCAAGUUCCCUAUCCGCUUGGAAGGUUUGGCCUCUCGCCAUCACAACUUCAGUUCUUACGAACCCGAGUUGUUCCCUGGUCUCAUCUACCGCAUGAUCAAGCCCAAGAUUGUGCUCCUCAUCUUCGUCAGCGGCAAGAUCGUCUUGACUGGUGCGAAGGUCAGAGAGGAGAUCUACCAGGCUUUCGAGAUGAUCUACCCAGUGUUGCAAGACUUCCGAAAAGUUUAG